GGUGCUCCGAAUCUGUUCGUUUACAUCCGUCGUCAUAAAACGACAAUGUCUCGAGUUUUAGAUAAAGUUUUCUUUAUGUAUUUUUUAACUCAUAUACCUAUCUCUAUUUGUGUUGAUCUACAGGCAGUUUUACCAUCAUGGCUGUACCCGUCAUCGCUGGUGGCACUAAAGGAAUGGUACUGCAGGGAAUACCGGGACUCGAUGAUGAUGGACCCGCCCCAGUUUUUCGUUUCAUUUUGUCUCUGUGAGCUCAUCUUCCAGCUUCCCUUCUUCUUUGUCGCCAGCUACGCCUAUUAUAAAGGAACAGCUGCAUGCAAGUGGAUUCGACUUCCCGUCAUCAUUUAUUCCACCCACGUGAUCACCACACUAAUAGCGAUCAUUUUCCAUGUGUUCACGACGGACUUCAGCAAGUCUAGAUAUCCGGGCCCACGCACCACCCAAGAGAAGUUGGCGUUGGUGUCGAUCUACUCCCCGUAUUUAUUUGUGCCAAUGAUGCUUCUAGCAGACGCAUUUUUUAGUAUUAGAACCGUUUAUGAUAACUGA